AAGAAGCUCCCCGCCGGCUGUCCUCCGGCAGCGAGGAGGGCUGAGGCUGUGCUGCAUCCGGAGACGGAGGAGGAGAGACGCUCCGGCGGCAUCAUCUAACCCCCGUCCUCCCCCCCCCACACACACACAUCUCUCUCCGAGACCCCCUUCUGUCUGGCCGCUGCUCUCCCCAAUAACACUCCUUCCCUCCUGAGAGGGGGGGGGGGGGGGAGAGAAACAUGUCACAGACUAGGAGGAGCACGUACAGCCGGACCACCAGCAGCGGCAGCAGCAGGAUGAGCUCGGACGGCGGCGGGCGGCCCGUCAAAGUGGGCUCCCCGGUGGAGGUGAUCGGCAAGGGGCAGCGCGGCACGGUGGCCUACAUCGGCAACACGCUCUUCGCCUCCGGGAAAUGGGUGGGGGUCAUCCUGGACGAGGCCAAGGGCAAGAACGACGGCACCGUGCAGGGCAAGCGCUACUUCACCUGCGAGGAGAAUCGCGGGAUAUUUGUGAGGCAGUCGCAGAUCCAGCUGGUGGACGACGGGGCCGACACGACGUCUCCGGAGACGCCCGAGGCCGCCACCGGCAAGGUUCCCAAACGAGAGAUCCUGGAGACGCCCAAGUCCACUAAACUGCGAGGACUGAAGCCCAAAAAGACUCCUGCUCCCCGGAAGACCACGGCCAGAAGGCCCAAGCAGCCCACCCGCCCCGCGGGGGGGAAGGGGGCGGCGUCGGGCUCGGCCUCGGCCUCGGCCGGCGAGAUGAGCAGCAGCGAGCCCAGCACGCCGGCCCAGACGCCGCUGGCCGCUCCGGUCAUCCCCGCCCUCCACUCCCCGGGAAACCCCCCGGCCCCCGCGCCCACCAAGGAAGAGGAGGCGCUGCGCGGUCAGGUGAAGGACCUGGAGGAGAAGCUGGAGACGCUGAAGAUGAAGCGGACGGAGGACAAGGCCAAGCUGAAGGAGCUGGAGAAGCACAAGAUCCAGCUGGAGCAGCUGCAGGAGUGGAAGACGAAGAUGCAGGAGCAGCAGGCCGAGCUGCAGAAACAACUCAAAGAGGCCAAGAGGGAGGCCAAGGAAGCCCAGGAGGCCAAGGAGCACUACAUGGAGGAGAUGUCGGACACGGCGGACGCCAUCGAGAUGGCCACGCUGGAUAAGGAGAUGGCCGAGGAGAGGGCGGAGUCUCUGCAGCUGGAGGUCGACUCCCACAAGGAGAAAGUGGACGAGCUCACCAUGGACCUGGAGAUCCUCAAGCACGAAAUUGAGGAGAAAGGUUCGGAUGGAGCUGCCUCCAGUUACCAUGUGAAACAGCUGGAAGAGCAGAAUGGGAGGCUGAAGGAAGCACUGGUCAGGAUGCGUGACCUGUCGUCCUCAGAGAAGCAGGAACACGUGAAGUUGCAGAAGCAGAUGGAGAAGAAGAACGUGGAGCUGGACACCCUGAGGGCUCACAAGGAGAAACUGCAGGAGGAGAUGGCGGUGGCGGAGAAGACCAUCGACGAGCUGAAGGAACAGGUGGAUGCAGCUUUGGGGGCGGAGGAGAUGGUGGAGAUGCUGACCGAGAGGAACCUGGACCUGGAGGAGAAAGUCCGGGAGAUGAGGGAGACGGUGACUGACCUGGAAGCUAUAAACGAGAUGAACGACGAGCUGCAGGAGAACGCCAGGGAGACGGAGCUGGAGCUCAGGGAGAUGUUGGACCUCGGCGCCGCGAAGGUCCGGGAGUCCGGGAAGCACGUCGAGGCGGCGCAAGAGACCGUAGCCGACUACCAGCAGACCAUCAAGAAAUACCGCGAGCUCACGGCUCACCUGCAGGAGGUGAACAGAGAGCUCACCAGUCAGCAGGAAGCGUCUGCAGAGCUGCAGCAGCAGGCGCCCGCAGAGAUGUUCGACUUCAAGAUCAAGUUCGCAGAGACGAAGGCCUACGCCAAGGCGAUUGAGAUGGAGCUGAGGAAGAUGGAGGUGGGUCAGGCCAACAGACACGUUUCUCUCCUGACCUCCUUCAUGCCCGAGUCCUUCCUCCGGCACGGCGGAGACCACGACUGCAUCCUGGUGCUGCUGCUCAUCCCCAGACUCGUCUGCAAGGCCGAGCUGAUCAGCAAACAGGCCCAGGAGAAGUUUGAGCUGAACGAGAACUGCGUGGAGCGAGCCGGGCUGAAGGGCGCCGUCGGGGAGCAGCUGAGCUUCGCGGGCGGUUUGGUCUACUCGCUGAGUCUGCUGCAGGCCACGCUGCACAAAUACGAGCAAGCUCUGGCUCAGUGCAGCGUGGAUGUCUAUAAGAAGGUCGGCGCUCUCUACCCUGAGAUGAGCGUCCAUGAACGAUCUCUUGAUUUCCUCAUCGACCUUCUGCACAAAGACCAGCUGGACGAGACGGUCAACGUGGAGCCGCUCACCAAGGCCAUUAAAUACUACCAGCACCUGUACAGCAUCCACCUGGCCGAUCAGGACGAGGACUGCACCAUGCAGCUGGCCGAUCACAUCAGAUUUACCCAGAGUGCCUUGGACUGCAUGGCGGUGGAGGUGGGGCGUCUGCGGUCCUUCCUCCACGCCGGGCAGGAGAAGGCCGACCUCGCCGUGCUGCUCAAGGACCUGGAGACGUCCUGCAGCGACAUCCGACAGUUCUGCAAGAAGAUUCGCCGCCGGAUGCCGGGAACCGACGCGCCGGGCAUCCCCGCGGCUCUCACCUUUGGACAACAGGUGUGCGACACCCUGUCGGACUGCAGGAAGCACCUGACCUGGGUGGUGGCGGUGUUGCAGGAAGUGGCGGCGGCCGGAGCUCAGAUGGUGUCGCCUCUCGGUGAGCAGGAGGGGCUGUCGGCCGUCAAGCUGGAGGACGUGGCCUUCAAGGCCGGAGAGCAGAUCUAUGGAUCCCAGGGCGCCGACCCCUACGAGUGUCUGCGGCACUCCUGCGGCAUGGUCAUAGCAACCAUGAACAAGAUGGCCACCGCCAUGCAGGAGGGAGAGUACGACUCGGAGAGGCCUCAGAACAAGAACCCUCCACCUGUGGACAUGCGGGCCGCAGCGCUUCGGGCUGAAAUCACCGACGCCGAAGGAGUCGGCUUGAAGCUGGAGGACCGAGAGACGGUCAUCAAAGAGCUGAAGAAGGCUCUGAAGAUCAAGGGGGAGGAGCUUAGCGAGGCGAGCGUCCGUCUCAGCCUGCUGGAGAAGAAGCUGGACAGUUCGUCCAAAGACGCAGACGAACGCGUGGAGAAGAUCCAGACUCGGCUGGACGAGGCCCAGACUCUGCUGAAGAAGAAGGAGAAGGAGUUCGAGGAGACGAUGGACGCCCUGCAGGCCGACAUCGACCAGCUGGAGGCGGAGAAGGCGGAGCUGAAGCAGCGAAUCAACAGCCAGUCCAAGAUGACCGUCGACGGGCUCAGAGCCGCCGGCCCGUCGGGGAUCGCCUCCAUCGUCACGGGAGCAGCAGGAGAGGAACAAAAAGCAGCCAACGUGAUGCCCGUCUCCGGUUCGGGGGUCCAGGUCAUCGACUCCCCUCUGCUGACUCAGCAGAUCGAAGCGCAGCGGCUCUGCAUCAAACACCUGAAGAACGACAACAACCGGAUGAAGGCUGAGAAGAUGCGCGCUCAGCUCGCCUCUCUUCCUCCUCUUCACGUGACCAAGCUCCCCUGCAGAGAAGGCGGUCGCCCCGAGGUGCUCUCCAGCGCCCUCUACCGCAAGACCGACCAGCUGCUGGAGACGCUGCUGCAGAUGAGCGCCAACGUCAAGGUGGUGGACAUCACUGGGAAAUCUCCAGUGACCCCCGGCGCUCAGCUGCUGGAGCAGACGGCCCGGUUACAGUCCCUCAGUGACACGCUGGGCCGGCUGAAGGACGAAGUCGCCGAGCACGUCGUCCACCAGCAGGCCGGAGCGCGAGUCUCGUCUGAUUUCGCGACGUUUCCGUCGACCUCGUUUGUGAAGGCCAAGGAGGAGAAGCAGGGCGACACGGUGCUGGUGGGCCGGGUCAUGGUGCCGUGUCACAGCGGCCAGGAGCAGGUGCAUCGCCUCGUGCUGUCCCAGUCUCAGCUGCACCGAGUCCACAGUCUGCUGCAGACCUAAACUCCGCCCGCGCCGCCUCCACCCAGCGGCCUGGUUCCUACGUCAGGCGCCGAACAAGUCAAACCAGGAAGUAUUUUGGUUCGCAGGCGGCAGAAAGUUCUCUUCGUUGAUCGGUGAAGGCUGUAGUUUGAGACGCGGCGUAAUCUCAAGGUCACCCUGGAUGUCUCGUACUCGCUCGGCCGGCUCCGUCUCAGGGAGGCGCAGCGCUGAAAUAGUUUCAUUGGAUUAUUCAACCUAAAGUCAAUUGUUUAACUUCAAAUUAGGAUUUGCUGCUUUUUUGUUUGUUUAGUAAACUGAGAAUCUUUGGGAUUCGAAAUAUGACACUUAUUUUGAUUUCUAAUUAUAUUCAGGAAAAAAAAAGCAUUUUGAUAAUCUUCUGGAGGAAAUUGCCCUGAGGACAUUUUUCUUUUUCGAUCUCAAAUCAAAAGUCCGAUCAGAUCAGACUGAUCUUGGUUUUGAGUCCGCUUCUCGACUACAGUCCUGGAAGCCGUAGAUAUAAAGCCUGCGGAGGCGACGUGUCACUGCUGCAUGCUGCCCGGAUCGAGUAGAAUAUUUAUCAGACUGGAACCUGCACAUUGUGGUCUAUUUAUUAUGCCGGAUGAUUCUCCACGCGUCCCGUGACUCCGUAUUAGAGGGAUCCUCACUGUUGUGUUUUUAUAACGUCUAAGGGAAAGAAGCAUCAUGUGAUUUAGUGGAUAUUUUAUUGCGGUUUGAUCAGAAGCUUUUUGCACAUAUAAAGUCCUGAGUGAGAAACCGAACAAAAUCCUGCACAGUCGCUCUACCUGGAUGUAACUUAAUUUCUCUGGUGUUUUAAUGACUAAAUGAUUUUAGCAACGACCUCAUCAUGGAAGCAAACUCGGAAUGUGUGAAGGAUAUUUAGUAUUUAUCUCUGGUUUGAUCCAAACCAGGCAGACUGCACAGAACAAAUAAAGAAACUGAUUUGCUGCGUAAAGUCAGAUAAAAUGAUUUUACUUCAUGUUUUAUUUAAAAACUAAAAUAACACACGUUUUAAAUUAUGUUUUAUUUAUUACACUUGUGGUGUAAACCGGUUGUCACAGUGCUCGUAUUGGUAUUGGCUCGAAUAAGAAUCAAUAACCCAGAAAGCCGCGUUACUUUUGUUGCGGUGUCAAAGCCUUAAAGGUGAAGAGCGCUCCGCUGCCUUAUGUCCUUCUCACCAAACAAGCAGAACUUCAUCUUUGCCAAAGAAUCUUUGUUUCUCUUCACCACAUCUGAUUUAAAUAAGGCGCUUUGUUUAUUAAUACAUGCUAAUUGUUUUACUAUUGAUUUGUGAGGCCAGGUUUACAAAGUUUUAUUUUAGAAUUAAUUUAAUUGAUGGGCAUUUUCAUAAGUGUGGUUUAAGAGAAAAUGCAGAUGUUUAUUUAUCAAUUGUCUCAUUUAUCUGUGCAACCUGUUCCCUUGUGGCUUCCUGCUCUUGCACAACCGAUACCCGAUCAAUAAAGACAUUACAGCAA